UUGAAGUGAGAAGAAGUCAGUUUAUAAUUCCGCUUAAUCAUGAGCUUCGCCGCAAAUUUGCAAGAGGUUUUGCAGAAAUUGCUCAUUUCUGAUGAAGAUCGCGCAGUUUAUACAAAAGAUGCUGAGGAAAUUCAGAAUUUUGUGAUUGAGGAACUUAAAAAAGUCGAUGGCACUUUUCGAGAAGUUUUCAACGGCCUCAGCUUGGGCGGAAGUUACUUGGAUCGCGUCAAGCUUAAUACUCCCGAUGAAUUCGAUAUGCACAUGAAACUAAAGUUCCCACUAAACAUCACUCCGGAGCAUGACAAUUCAGCGUUUAUCUAUCUGAAUGCUCCCUUUAUAGUGGCGUCCUGUGGCCGCAUUCAUAGGUUGAAGCUGCAAAGUUGGCUACGCAACGCGUUCCACAAGGUGUUCCAGCCGGAAUGUAGUUUUACCAGCUCCAGCCGACAGUUUUACAGACUUAGCUAUACCCUGGAGGGGUACGGGUGUGCCCACACCAUUGAAGCGGUAGGUGCGACCCGCAAAAUCAAGUUUGAUCUGGUGCCGGCUUUCGAAUUUAGCGGAGCCCAAUGGCCUUUGCCGGUUCCGCCGGUCACUGAGAAGGUGCGCCAGGAAUGGCCAUGGUUUGCCAUUCCGCAGAUUAAGCCGAAGAAAUCAAAGGGAAAUACUAAUUUUAUGGCCAUUGCUCCCCACUGGGAGCGGGAAAUGAUGAAGGAGAAGGACAAUUUGAAGAAUAUUUUGCGCCUGAUGAAGGGAAUGCGGGACGCUAAUGCCCAGAAGAUGCCUCACCUCUCCAGUUAUAUGCUGAAGACUGUGCUGCUCAAUCAGAUCGAGAAAGUGGACUGGCAGCAGGAUUUGGGCACUCUCCUAGUGGAGAUGUGGGGCCGUUUGGUGGAACACCUUCAGACCGGUCGACUCCCAUACUAUUUGGAAAAUGAACACAACAUCCUAACUCGCAUGAAUGGCGCACAAUUGAAGAAGUGUCGAGUUGCAUCUAUGGAUCUUCUUAAUAGACUUAAAAUGGUCAGAAGCAGUGGAAGUUAUACUGAAUGCAGCUUUUAUUUAAUGUAAUGUAAGAAUAUUAAUUGAUAACAGCAUUUGCAAACAAUCGAAUUUAUAUGCAUUCACGUUCUGAAGAAAUGAGUUUCUUUGCUUGUUCCAUUUAAUCCGAUAUCGAUUCUGAUCAACAAAUACGAAAUAAAGCAUAUGCACGCAAAAAUUUUUGAUUUCCAUUG